AUGCCCCGCGCUAGAGCUGUUACUCCACAUACACAGGAGCUCAUCCGUAUCAUGGGAAGCACUCGCCUACCGAACCGUGAGGCUAAAUAUACCCAUAGUGAGAUUGCCAGCUGCCACGGAGUAUCCAGGCCAGUUGUCAGCAAGAUACUCGCGAAGGCACCCCAGACCUACCCGCCCCAGCCUCCCGAGCGACGUGGGGGCAAGCCGGUAUUAUCCGAUAGGCAGAAACGGCACAUCAUGAGAGAGUUUACGAAGGAUCCCGACGUCACGUGCACCAAGAUCGUGCGUAUUUGUAAGGUUAGCGUGUCCCCACAGACGGUAAGGCGUUUUCUGAGGUCGAGCGGGGCUGCUUAUGCUAAGAUUCCAACAGCUCCAAGGUUAACUCCGGCCCAUAAAGCAGCCCGAGUGAGUUUUGCCUCCGAGCACUUGCUUGCGGAGACUGAUUUCUCGACGUGGAUUUUCUCUGACGAAAAGCGAUUCAAUUUGGACGGCCCAGACGGCCUGCGCUACCGAUGGAUGUUUCCCGGACAAGAGAAAGCGGUUCUGUCGAAAAGAGCAUUUGGUGGUGGGUCUAUCAUGGUCUGGGGUGGGAUAGCUGGAUCUCAUAAAGUAGCCCUGGUGGAAAUACAGAGCAACAUGAACAGCAAGGUCUACCAGUCCAUGCUCGAGAUGAACUUGCUACCAUUCCUGGAAGCGGGGGAGGAGGAAGGAAUCGAGUACACCUUCCAACAAGACAAUGCGAGGCCUCACGUAUCUUCUUCAACUAAAUAA